CAUUUGAUCUCGCCUUGUUCCUCUAAACUAGUUCACCUUUUGUCUUGGUGCUUUGCACAGUCAGUCAAGCUAUACCACUGCACACAGAUAACCAUGGCGGAACCAAUCGGGCUCGCCUCUGGAAUACUUGCCUUGGCAACUUUCGCAUUUCAGGGCACUGUCUCACUUUAUGAGACGGUGAACAGCUUCCGUUCGCACCCAAAGCGUGUGCGCGAGCUUCUCGACGAGCUGGAAGCUUUGAGGGCUGUGUUGGCGCCCCUUAUUGAGCUAGUUGAAUCGAACUCUGAUGCAGACCUCUCAGCCUUAGAUCUGCCGUUACUUCGUUGUGGCAAUGCCUGCAAGGAGUUUCAGCAGGAGUUGGUGCGGUGCGCGUCAAGAUCGAGCAACAAUCGGACUAGCUUCCGUGACUGGGCAAGAAUCACAUACUUGGGUGAUAAUAUCGAUGAUUUCCGUCACUUGUUGGCAGGGUAUAAGGCCACAAUUAAUAUUGCCCUAACUGAUGCAACUCUACGCAAAUCGGCGGUCGCUGUUGAGAGCAUUGAGAACUAUGAGGCUCUGAUUCAGGAUGCAAAAGAGGACCUGGGAGCCCGACUCGAGAGUAUAGAUCAGAAGCUGGAGCAGCUGGCUGAAAAGGACGGAACUCUAUCCGAUCCGGAUGCAGCCGAACUGUACUCCCUGAAGGAGGAGCGCCGGAGUACAGAGAAAUGCCUGCAGAUUUGCGCCCAAUUAUCAAACCAUAUCGACCAGAUCCAGCUGUUAUCCGACGACACGAGCCCAGCUGGAGGAUCUGAGAUGGCUGAUUCGUCGCCCGAGACUGUCACGAACAAAGGCUUACAGGAAUGUAAAAGGAGCCUUAUUGCAACAACUGCCAAGCUGGAAAAGCAUAUGCAGGAGGUGAUGGAUCAAAUUCUUGCUAAAUCUAAAAGUAGAAUCUCCUCUGUCGAAGAUACGCAAGUUUUAUCGCGGCUACGCGAUGAGUGGGAAGCUGCUCGGCAGUGUCUUGAUAUAUGCUCUCAUGCUGAUAGCAACUUCAAGGAGUCCGUCAGUGUUAUCGAAAAUCAUGGUACUGGGGACGCUCUUCAGUUCAUGGUCUCCGCGAAUGGGAAGGUUCUCCAUGGGAAAAACCGAGGAAUGGGCUGGAGGAGCAGACAAGUAGGAGGCUAUAUGAGCAACGGAACAAUACAGCAGCUAUCGCGAGAUCUCACUGUUGCGCAUCCUAUUUCUCUGAGAGCUGAUAAUAAGCCUUCCUCGAACACCAGCCUUAUGCCAGAUGCAAGUGACGUGGCGGAUUAUCAAACAACGCCUGAGUUCAGUGAACGGUAUGGACGGGGCUUUACCCUAAGCCCAACUCUCAAGCCAGAAACGAACACAACGUUCCGCAGCAUGAGCAGGGAGUGAAUAAAAUCAGAGGCGGCAAAAAUAUAAGCUUUACCAGAAAGCAGUAUUUCAUAUUGUCAGUGAACACUCCCUAGAUUCUGAUUCCUUUCUUCACAGAGUUUUGGUCUAGAAAAUACAAUGCUUCCAUUGAUAUAUGAUAGUCAUCAUGAUACUUAUAUAUUAGGCUGCGAGUGUCAACGUUUUCUCUAUGUACUAGCGGCAAUGUAUCCUUGAGUCACUGUAACUAUUAGAAAUUAACUUAUCAGUACCAGUAGGAUCGUGUUGGCCACCUCACUUGGUAAAUGCCAAUCAAUAACUAGUAGGCUUUUUUUUGGCAUAAUAUAAAUUCUGGGCGGCCCAUAUGGUUGGGCAGUCUAUUCUGCAAUGAA